AUGGACAUUUUGCAGAGUCGCCAAGAGCAACUUCAGGUGAUGUCAACCUGUGACAAAAUCCUCAAGUGGAACGUGCUAGGUGUUCAAGGUUGUCUCCUCACGAAAAUCAUGGCGCCAUUUUACUUUACAAGCAUCACCCUUGGUGCUGGCCUAGCUACAGUAGUCGUCUCCUACCUGUUCACCACCUACUAUAACAUCAUCAUCACCUGGUCAUUCUACUAUCUGUUCAACACCUUCACCUCCCUCCUGCCGUGGACCCACUGUAAUCACACGUGGAGCUCUCCGGCCUGCUGGGACUCUGGUUCGGUCAACGCCACUUCGCCCAAUGACACCAUCUCGCCCACCGAGAACUUCUUUAUGAACGCCCUACUUCAGAAAACUCCUCGAAUGGAAGAACAGGGAGUAAUCCGAUGGGAACUGGUACUCCUGUUAAUGUUAUGUUGGCUGAUUGUAUAUUUCUGUAUCUGGAAAGGUCCUAAGUCCACUGGCAAGGUUGUUUAUGUCACUGCCAUCUUUCCAUACAUUGUACUCAUCAUCCUGUUGAUCCGAGGAGUAACUCUGCCGGGUGCCAAGGAAGGAAUUCUGUUCUUCAUUAAACCGAAAUGGUACCAACUUGCGGAUGCUAAAGUAUGGAUGAACGCAGCCAUCCAAAACUUCAACUCACUCGGCAUAGCAUUUGGUGGACUCAUAACAAUGUCCAGCUAUAACAAGUACAACAACAACAUAAUUAAGGAUGUCGUUUGUCUCGCACUAAUAGAUGCUUUCACGUGCAUCAUGGCCGGCUUUGCGAUAUUCUCCAUCUUAGGUGCGUUAGCUAUGUCCCAGGGCAAAACGGUGGAAGAAGUUGUGACUGAAGGGCCUGGUCUCGUGUUUAUCAUUUAUCCGCAAGCUUUCUCUGAAAUGCCAGUGGCACAGCUGUUUGCGUUCUUGUUUUUCCUCAUGCUCAUCUGCCUUGGGAUCGACAGCCAGUUCGCUGGUGUCGAGGUGGUCGUCACGGCCCUACAAGAUCAUUUUGCCCCCCAAAUCAAGAAAUAUCUGAAAAGGAAGGAACUUCUCGUCCUCCUCGUUUGUUUGGUUUCCUUUCUUGGUGGACUUCCAAAUGUCACUCAGGGUGGCAUUUACUUCUUCCAGUUAAUCGACAGGUAUGCCGCCGGGGUGUCUGUCAUGUACCUGGCGUUCUUCGAAGUUAUUGCCGUCACCUGGUUCUAUGGGGCCAAACGUCUUGGGAGAAACAUACAAGAGAUGACAGGCAGAGCUCCCUCAUAUUUCUUCAUCCUUUGCUGGUACUACAUCUCUCCUCUCUUCAUAUUGGCCAUUUUGAUCUUCAGUAUGAUCCAGUACUCGGACCUGAAAGUGGGUGGCUACGUCUACCCGAAAUGGGCAAUAGGUAUUGGAUGGUUCAUCGCUUCUUUGUCCCUCGUUUGUAUCCCCUUGGGCAUGUUUGAUGCUGUCUACAAUUCUAAAGGGAAGAACUUGUGGCAGGUGCGUGUAAUUUUGAAUUUCACUAUUUGA